UGGCAGCCGCAAUCAGCAAGAUGGCCGCCGAGGGGGACGAGCCGCUCAAGCGGUUGCUGGUGCCCUUCCUUCUUCCCGAGGAAUGUUACGACCAAUUCUUCCUGAACUGGGACCUGCUGCACGUCCCCUGCCUCAAGAUCCUCCUCAGCAAAAGUUUGGGGCUCGCGAUCGUCGCUGGAUCCCUCCUGGUGAAGCUGCCGCAAGUGUUUAAGAUCCUGGGUGCGAAGAGCGCGGAGGGGUUGAGCUUCAAAUCCGUGCUCCUGGAGCUGGUAGCCCUGACGGGCACCAUGGCCUACAGCGUAAUCCACGGCUUCCCCUUCAGCGCCUGGGGCGAAGCCUUGUUCCUGAUGGUGCAGACCGUCCUCAUCUGCUUCCUGAUCCUCCAUUACCGGCGACAGAGCCUGCGAGGGACCAUCUUCUUGGUCACGUACGCCCUGGCCGUGGCCCUGUUGCUGUCCCCUGUCAUGCCUCCAGCCAUGAUCACCUGCUUGCAAGCCUGCAACAUGCCCACCGUGGUCGUGGGGAAGCUCUUGCAGGCCUCCACCAAUUACCGCAACGGCCACACCGGCCAGCUCUCGGCCGUCACCGUCUUCUUGCUGUUCGGGGGGUCCCUCGCCCGGAUCUUCACGUCCAUCCAGGAGACGUCCGACCCUCUGAUGGCGCUGACCUUCGUCGUCGCCUCCUUGUGCAACGGGCUGAUCGCCGGCCAGGUCCUCUACUAUUGGAAGGCCGGGCCCCCCCAGAAGCGGAAGAAGAAGAAGAAGCACCAGUAGGGCCCCCCCGCCCCGAGCUUGUCAAUCAACCAAUCAGCCCCUCCGGCUCCCCGACCUCCCCUGGCUCCGAGGGACCACCUGGCCGGGGCGGGGGGCGGCUAGUCCCCCGUCUCCGCCCCUCCCCGCCCGCUCCGGGCCACCGCUGGACCACCCGUUGCCCCCUCCAGGGGCUUCUGGGACCCCCCCAUCAUCAUCAUCAAUCGUAUUUAUUGAGCGAUUACUGUGUGCAGAGCACUGUACUAAGCGCUUGGGAAGUACAAGUUCCACCCUCCCCAUCCUUUGCUGUCAACUGAGCCAAAUCCUCCCAACCCGCCCGCCAUACGCACCUUCCUCAUCGCGAGCCCUGGGGGGAGGGUCCACCCCCUCCGGGUGAGGGGGCCACUUUUUUUUUUUAAAAUUAAAGGGGGAUUUUCCUUC